AUGGAUUUAGUAAACUCCACUUCAGAAUUGAAAAUACAAGAUACAGACCGGCAAAAUAAACGAGAAGACUACAUUGAUUGGAAAGACUAUUUUAUGGCGAUGGCAUUUUUAGCUGCAAAACGUAGUAAGGACCCUUGCUUUCAAGUUGGAGCUUGUGUAGUCAAUAAGGAAAAUAAAAUAGUUGGUAUUGGGUAUAAUGGAAUGCCUACAGGAUGUAAUGAUGAUGAUUUUCCUUGGGGAAAAAAUACACCAUCACCUUUGGAUAGUAAAUCCCUUUAUGUGUGUCAUGCAGAAAUGAAUGCAAUAUUAAAUAAAAAUUCUGCUGAUGUAAAAGACUGUACGAUGUAUGUAGGUCUUUUCCCAUGCAAUGAAUGUGCUAAAAUAAUAAUUCAAUCCGGUAUCAUAGAAGUUGUCUAUUUAUCAAAUAAAAGUUGGGAUAAACCAAAAUAUGCUGCAUCAAGGAAAAUGUUAGAUGCAGCAGGUGUCAAGUAUUGGCAAUAUAUACCAAAGCAAAAAAAAAUUGAAAUAACAUUUAUACCUUCAUGCAGUAGCAGUUCUUCAUAA